UUUGAAUUCUUUUAAUGCUUGGAAAAUUUCACAAAUGAAAAUGAAUAAUAUGAAAUAGAUAUAUAAAAACGUUGUCGAUCUUAAUUAACGACUUUUAUGCGAUUUUUUGAUUUGUAAAACUUGCAGAAAUGAAGUAUAUUUAAUAAUCAUUAUAACAAUUCAGUUUUUUCAUUUUUAAUACUUGUUGAUAUGAUUUCUAAAUAAUGUUCAACAACAACAUGUUAAAGGUAAGUUAAAUUGUACAAAAUAUUUCAAAUUCUUAUAAUGUCUAGAAUGUGAUUUAAGUUUUCAAAUUUCGAAAUUUUUAAGUUCCCAAAAUCUUGAAUUUUUAAAUUUCGAAAUUUGAUAAUGCCUGGUCAGUUCCUCUCCCCGCUAUUCGAGCAUUUUACCCAUCACAUGUGUGAUCGGUGAAAUAGAAAAUGUAGAUAAUAGAGCAACAUAUACUAAGUUUUCACCGAGGGUUCAAAUCGGGUUAAAGUCGGGUUAGAGUUCAGUUGCCUUGCCUGUUUCCAUCAGAUCAAAGUUACGUUGGAGUUGCGGCAGGGUUGAACAUUACCAACUGCACAAAGUCAACUACCAUAUUCUAACAUGUAAAGGUUAUAUUAUUAAAAUGGAUCGGAGAGCAAUAUUAAUUUUACAAUAUCAAAAUAACAUACAAAAAUUAUUUCUCAUAUUACAAGAUCACCGACAAAAAGUAAUAAUAACCUUGUUUACACCAAUUAAUACAACACGUGAUACACAAUGCAAUUUGGAUUUGUUAUGUUGGCAACAUUAACUCGACUUUUGUCGUUUCCACUGAACCUCAAUUGAACGAUACCCUACAAUUUUAUAGGGUAGAGUUCAACUUCAAAUUUGGUGUUUCCACCAUAAGAGCGCUCACCUCAACCCGAUUUGAACCCUCGGUGGAAACUUAGUCUAUAUUAUUCUUAGUACAUUUUUAUACUCGAACCUUUGGCGCGAAGUACAAAAAUCGCUUCAUACACACUCUUUUUCAUCUUCUUUCUCAUUCAUGCCAACUUUUAUAAUUCGUUUAUAACACCCGUAUACGGCAUAAUACAUAAGGAAUACAAAUAUAUAAAAAUAUUGGAAUAUAAAAAUGUGUACAUGAAAAUACAAAAGUACAAAGACUUAGAUCUAAACUUAUACUCAAAUCAAGUAUCAAACUCUACAUGAACAACUGUUUUACAUGUGCACUUUUUCUUAUUGCACCAUAACAUUGUGUUGCACAUUAGUUGCUUUGGUCCCUCUAUCUCCACCUUUAUUCCCUAUUUCCUAUGUUUCCACAGUUUCACACUUCUAGGCUGCAUUUAUUGAGAAAUGCGCCUAUUAGCCUCAGUAUCUUAGGUUUGCUCAUGUCCUUUAAAAAAAGAUAAGUUGUUCCAUCUGCUGUUUCUAGGUCGCUGUGACAAGCAUAGAUUAUGAGCAAAAACAGCAAAAAGGCAAUGGCGGCUAUUCUUUAGACGACUACUGAAUUUAUUAUGAAAAAUUUCGGAAAAAUGUGAUCUACGUGUUGAUUCAAGGAAAACUUAUUCAAGGUGUGGCCCAAAGGCGGAGGGAUGAUAUUGCUCAUAGGAAUAGAGAUGGCACACAGUAUGUGCAAACAAUGGCUGACAAACAAAUAGAGCAGUCACCGUGUUCAAUGAAUAACGAAUGGUUGUUGCUAGUAGAUCAGAUAGGGAAGAUCGUCGGCAGGCAGGAAGGAGUAAACAAUCGAGUGUGCCUAAGUAAUGAGCGAGACUCGGCAUCAUCUUCACUCGGUUUCGGACUUGUAUGCAGCCGACGAGAUAGAAGUACUUUUAUUGGAAGAAAUUCGUGACCUGGAAUUACCAGCUUCUGCAUAUUCUAGACCUGAAGAUAUUCAAGAUUUUGACAUCGCAGGUAGUAGAACAGGGGGGCAAAUUAGCUCCCAACCUUUGGAGCUGGAUUCACCAGGGGUCCAUUCAACAGUCCAUUCAUGGGACUCGCAUGCUAAUUAUCAUGGUCAUUAUGGCUAUGAUCACCAUGACACUUCCUCCAAUGCUUUGGCUUGGCCAAGAGCAAGUCAUUUGGUUCUUUACUGUGACAUACAGGGGCAUCUUAAAACAGCUAUUGGCGUUGUUAGACUUUUACUGCUUAUAUCAUCUGCAGCGUGUUUGGCAACAUUGUGCAGCUCCGGCACUGCCAAGGUCAGCUUAUUUAUGUUGCCUUUAGUCGGGCGGCUGCGUUUCAUGAUCUUUGUAGCAGUUUUCUGUUUUUUGAUCACUGCAUUGCUCCUCUUCCUUGAUAUUUCGCAUGUUAUCUAUGUUUUUCCUUUCAAUUGGGCUAAGUUGAAUGCUUGGGUAUUCACUGGUAUAGGCUUAUCUUACGCCUUGAGUAGUGCAUUAUUAGCAUGCUCUAUAUGGGAAUAUUACAGUGGUGGUUGGGUACCAAAACGGACUCGUUCUCAGUUAUCUGCUGCGGCAGCACUUGGAUUAUCAUGUGCUAUUUUAGCAUUUUUACUUUCAUGGAUACAUGGCCGCAGUAGAUCAAGUUGCAGGAGUUCAGAUAGUCGUACUCAUACACCAACACAACUUUAUAAACCUGUUGAUAAUUCUUCUUCUUCUGGAGUUACUCUCAAAGAACGGAGCCCCAAGAGGCCAGAUUCAUGGGUUGUAAAAAAUCAACAGUCUAAAAAACAAAAUACAGAUAGUGAUACAAAUACAAAUAAUGGCCAUCACGGCAACGAUACUCAUUCAAAAUAUAAACAAACAGCUAACAGAAAGGAUCAUUGGGCUUCAGCGAGACAACAUUUCUUACCAUCACAAGAAAAUAAUGAAGAUAUUCAAAGAGAGGAUGUUAAUACCGAAAGGAGAAGAAGACGAAGAAGAAGAAAUGGUGAUAGUAGUUCCACGGGCGAUGGAAAUUUAAUAAGUAAUAAAACCGAUAGUGAUCAUAUUAUUGAAGAAAACAAAUCUAGACGAGUGCCGCGAAAACUACCUCUGCAGUCGGUAGAGCAAUCUCGACCUUGGCCUGGGGCUGAACGCGGAAGCAGUAGUUCUAUGCAAGUUAGAAACAAAACUUUACAAAUGCCAGUGAACAAUAACGCACAGGACUAUUGUGGCAUAGAUGAAUCUAGUACAAUGCAAGUGACUCAAAAUGGUUUUCAUUGGGAGAUGGAAUGUACAUCUAGUAACAGUAUGGAAAAAACAACAGAAAUAACUAUGGAUCGUACUGCCAUGUGGUCUGGACAAUGGCAUCCACCACCUGAUGACGUUCAACCAUGUUCUAGCAAAACUAUUGAUCCUUACAGCUUUGCCUGAUCAAAUUUGGAAAUGUAUAAAUAUGUUCUAGAAAAUAUUGGACUCAUUGCAGUGAAUGACUUUUGGGAACAUUUAUAUAGUACAGAAGUUUCCCUUGGAAUGAUAGUUCCAUAAUAUCAUAUUUCAUUUUCUUUUACUAUGUUAAAACAAUAAAAGCAAUAUUUUAUUGUUUUACCAACAAGAUAAGUUAUUUCAAUCAUGAAUUUACUGAAUGAAAUAUGUUUCGAACUACAUCUAGUCAUAUUAAUUUCAAAGGUAGUGCACAGUGAUCAUGAAAAAAAACUAUUUUACCAUCUUCUAUGUCUGUGUUCUUGUUCUCUGUGCAUAAAAGAAAAAUGUUAUUUUUUAAAUUAAGCUGCUGAUCAGUUAUUUAAUAUAAGUGUAUAAAAUUCUAUUCCAUAUUUAACAAGGGAAAAGGGACAAAAUUGUUGUAUCUGAAGAUUUGAGAAUCCUGUAUAAAGUUAUCGUUGCCUUGUAUAUUAUGCUGCCAAGAAGAUAAUUUAUCCUUAGUUGUCGAUUUUUGAAGUUUUGCAUCAUACAACCAGACUGCCCAACUUUGAUAUACAGACAAUGUCGUCUCAUUCCAAUUAUAUACUAAAUAAUAAACCUAAGUAUUAAUGGAAUUAUUUGUAAGUAUAGUUUUUACUAGUAUUUGAACACUAAAAUAUUUGUUUAUAUAUUAUUUUUAUUGUAUUUUAAUA